AUGGGGGCGAUGGGUCAUAGGAAACUCGAGCCAGCCUCCAGUUCUCUCAUCGCGUCGAAGUUGCCUCGACUACACGAUCUGUACCUUACCUUGGAUGAUACUUGCAAAUGGGAUCCCCAAUUAAGAGAACGUCGACGGAAUAGUAUGCCAGAUACAGAUUCCAGGAUGAUGCUCGGAUAUAUACUAAUAAUUCAUAAAGAAUUUGCGGACUCUAUUCAGUCUUUGCCUCUUGCUAUACGCGAUCUCACCCUUGAUUUCGCCUAUUCAACCCCAGAAGAUGAAAAUUAUCCUCCAGCGGCUUCAACGGUAGAGGGAAACACGGAUCCUCUAAGCUCGCGUUUACGAGAAUUUUCCCAGCAAUUGACAGUGAUAGGUGGGAACCAAUGCGUCUUGGGAAAAGAACUUUUCUGGCCGUUGAAUGGUGAUACUCCUGAACCUCCCUUUUGGCCACAUCUAACUGGUGUGAGCGUGGAUUAUAUACCCGUCACGCCAUGUGGGAAAUGGAUGUUUGAACAAGACGACGACGCCGAGGAGCCCGAUUGUGAUUCAGAUGGUCUUGGCUCCUACUAUGAUGAUAUGGACGACACCGAUCAGGAUUGGGUUUCUCCAGAGGACCGCAACUGCAGACUAUUCCGAACCAAAUUCGUGCACGAAUUGUUCAACCAAUAUUAUCUAUCAGCUGGCAAGGCUGCUCUUCGGAUGCCUAAACUAGAUUCCAUGUUAUUGGACGUUUCGCACCGACCUCAACACCGGUUUUGGUAUCAGGUGGAGAACGAAGUGGCGAAAGUGACCUGGUCCAGUGAGGAUGACCCCAAAGCAUUCGAACCAAGCGAUGAGGUCUUGCAAAUUUGGAAUCAAGUUGCUUUGAAACACAGCGGCCAUGGCCUAGAGGUUGAAUUCGAAUUAUGUUAA